UGAAGCUGCUCACUGCAUUAACGACAUCGCGACUGACCACGCCGAGCCCCCGACAUCCGGGUCCGAGGCAUAUUUACCAACCUGAGCUCCCUCGGACCGUCCAUUUGCAGACGAGCCGGCCGGUCCAUUCGUGGCAUCAUGGCGGCUCCAAAGAAAGUUUGCAUUGUUGGUGCUGGUCCGUCUGGUCUAGUUGCAGCCAAGUCACUCCUCCAUGACCAGCCCAAGGGGACCUUCGAUGUCACCAUCUUCGAAGCCCAGAACCGUCUGGGCGGUCUUUGGCCGUCGAGGAAGGACGACAACGCCGGUUUUGUUCACCCGCUCAUGGCAGCUAACCAGAGCAAACAUACCGUCCAGUUCAGCGACCUGGCCUGGCCCGAUGACGCCCCCGAAUUUCCCAGAGCCUGGCACAUUGGACGCUAUCUCGAGCGAUACCAUGAUCGAUACUGCCAGGACGCCAAACUUUGCCUUGGCGAGCGUGUUGUCCACUCUGAACUGCUUGAGGGAGCCAAGUGGAAGGUCCGGACAUGCUCCCAAGAUGGCCAACAGCUCGACCAUACGUUUGACUACCUGCUUGUCGCAUCCGGUUUCUUCGGCAAGCCAGUGAUACCUCCACCGGUGGCCACCAGUGGUGAUAUCCCGGUUGUCCACAGCAGUCAGUACAGGACUCUCAGCGCGUUACUCGAACAGACAAAAGGUGCAGGGCGCAAGAUUGUGGUGGUUGGAGGCCAAAUGUCGGGUGUUGAGAUUGCCGGUACUAUUGCAACCCAUCUCUCGUCUGCACUGCACUCGCCUGGUUCAAGCACUCUUCAGGACUUGGACAAGUACUCGAUUCACCAUGUUUGCCAAAGGCCUGUCUGGGUCUUUCCGCUGUUUACAUCUCCAAAGCCUGCCUCUCCCGCACCGCCGUUCUUGCCUAUGGAUCUUUGUUCAUACAACCUAGCCAACAGACCCGACAACCUAACCAAUAUGCAAGGCCAUGUCUCGACAGAGGCCGCAAAGACACGUCAUUCAAUCUUCGAAACAAUGCUGGGGACUGAUCAGUCCGACUUCUCACCCAGUCUGGCCAUUACAAACACCGACACGGACAAGCCCCCUUACCUGGCCGUUAGUGACACUUAUGCAGACUUUGUCCGCAGCGGACUCAUAUCGGUGUCACAUGGAAAAGUAGACUCCCUGACCGGCAGUACUGUUACCGUCACAACAGCUCGGGGAGAUGUAAGCAAAAUCGACAAUGUUGCGGCAGUAGUGCUAGCAACUGGCUUCGAGGCAGCAUCAUCCAUCUCUUUCCUGCCAUCCUCUGUCCAAGAGACCCUGUCGGUGGUGCCCUCUGACCUAAACACUACUGUUGCCUUGGCCUUUCAUGGUACCCAUCAUCCAGCAAUUCCCUCCUUAGGGUUUGUCGGUUUCUACCGAUCACCUUAUUGGGGUGUCAUGGAGAUGCAAGCCCGCUUUGUCACAGCUUUGUGGACGGCCGGAGGACCUGCUUCUUCGUCACUUCCUCCCAAGAUGGCCGUCGCUCUUGGUGAAGAUGAUUCUAUUGAGCGGACUUUGGCUCUACGAACUGAUCCUCGAGUUUCUCAGUUUCCCAUGGGCGAUUACCCAUGGCUCAUGCAAGAGUUUUCAAAGGCUCUAGAAAUUGACCGCAUACCACCGUUGGGGAAGAUGCCUAGAGUUCCACCAGCUGACAAAAGCAUGGACAUCCUGACACCAGCACGCUAUCCGGCAAAGCGAACAAGUGAGGCACAACGUACAGAAGUCGACAAGUCCAUUCAGCAGACUGAGAGCACAACAUGGUCUGGUGUUUCCUCGGCAAGGUUUGUUGCAAAAGCUGUCUUCCGUUCCCUCUUGGGCGAGUGGAAGCUGGAGAGGGAUCUUGUGAGUCGCCUUCCCACUCAUCCGAGCGGGCAUUUUAGCGGUACUGCCAGGUUCCUGCUCAGGGAACGUACAAGAGAUGGACGUGAAGCCGAGCACGAUGCUGCUUUGGACAGGGAUGACGAUAUCGGGUUGGAGUAUCUCUACGUUGAGGAAGGCAUGUUCGCUGCCUCCAACGGCCUCUCUUUCCGUGCAACAAGGAGAUAUGUUUGGAGGUAUGAUGAAAAGAAGGACAAGCUGAGCGUCUGGUUCGUCAAGACGGACGAUCAAAAGAGGGCGGAUUAUCUGUUUCACCAAGUGGAGUUCAUUAUUCCGGACACGGAAACCGAGGGUGCACCCCAAGCAUGGCGAGCAAAUGCUGGACAUCUAUGCAUCGACGACUUCUACGACGUCGACUACCGCUUCAACUUCAAGGCCAUCAACCUCAAAGAUUGGUCUCUAGCCUACCGAGUCAAGGGGCCGCAGAAAGACUAUAUCAUUGAGGGGACAUACACACGGUGAAUCGGCGAUUGGGAUUGUUCACAUGGGAAGCAAGAUGCAGUGUGAUAAUGGCACCCAUAGUAGCGAGCCACAAAUGAUGCUAUCACAGACCCUUGGUGUGGAUGAGAGUGCCGAGAGUUGUGAUAGUGCCACAACCAAUAUCAUCUUUCAUCCAGCAACCUGCUUAGUGGCGAUGGAAUCCUAGAGGUGCGAUAAAUCCGGUGGCUUUCAGGCCAUUCGUCGUCUGGAAGCUGCAACGAGCCA